ACACAUCCUUGCUGCUUGUUUGCUUCAGGUUCACACAUCCUCUACUGCCAACCCUCGCUCGUAAACAAACAGCAACGAAAGAGUAAAUGACAUGAACUGUACCACUUGACAGCAGCGGCAAUGGACCCUAGGAGAGACGCGGCUCAAAGAGCCACGCCACACGUGCCAGCAACUUCGUCUUCCACCGCUCCUCCUCCCCAUGUUCCAGAGUACCAUGUUCCACCAACUGCCAAGCCUGUCCUCAACUACUCGAUCCAGACCGGGGAAGAGUUUGCCCUUGAGUUCAUGAGGGACCGCGCUCUAUCCCACAAAAACCUGCUCCCUGGCACGUCCGGAGGAGCCGCAGAUCAGAAUGCCGCCACCGGUUACAUGGACUUGAGAGCGAUGCUCGCUGCGUCCCACACGGGGUCAGAAGCUGCUCCCGGCAUAUUCAUGAUGACGCCUCUUGAAAACCCACGCCAGAAAGAGUCCGACAGAAAACCUGUUGCUCAAAUUCAGAAUAGAAGCACGCACACGUCAACCAGGUCAGCUCCACGAGCUUUGUCGGGCGAUGGCAGUGGUCGGGGCUAUGCUUCUUCGGAAGCUUCAGAUACGGCCAGGAGGAUCAAGUUCUUAUGCAGCUUUGGGGGGAAGAUCUUGCCCCGGCCUAGCGAUGGAAAGCUCAGGUACGCUGGUGGUGAGACGCGUAUAGUUCGGAUCAGUAAGGAUAUCUCCUGGGAGGAGCUCAAGCACAAGACAACCGGCAUCUUCAACCAGCCCCAUGUCAUCAAGUACCAGCUCCCUGGUGAAGACCUUGAUGCUCUCAUCUCGGUGUCGGGCGACGAUGAUUUGAGGAACAUGAUGGAUGAAUUUGACAUGAUCGAAAGUGAAGUAGGUGCUUCUCAGAAGCUCCGCGUUUUCCUCUUCUCCUCGCUCGAUUUUGAUGACAUGAACCUUGGUAGUAUGGAUGCUGAUUCCGAGAUCCAGUAUGUUGUUGCUGUCAAUGGGAUAGAUGUGGGAUCUGGGAAGCCUUCAAGCGGACAUGGUCUAGCAAGCACAUCUGGGAGUAUGCUGGCUCAGUUCAUUAAUCUCAAUGCUGAUGACGAGCCGUCAAACCCAAACCAAGACAGGUCGGAUUUUCAUGGACAAUCUUUGAUGCCUUCUGUCACUAUGCCAACACCAACACUGCCGAGUUUAUCCAGUGAUUAUACUGCAAAUAUGCAAUCGUACCAAGGGAGUGAAAUGCAGUACACUCAGGGUUCUAGCAACAAUUUCUAUGGCACUGAAAGACACAUCUCUUUGCCUUUAUCUGUGCCCUCAGAUUAUGGAGGCACCUUGCAGUAUGCGCCAUAUUCUGGGAUUGCGUCGCUAGCAACUUCUGACCAACGGUCUUAUCAGGACGGCUUUAUGUCGCAGGGCUCUGGAAAUGAUGCAAAGCAGGUUUCCAAGAACUCGCUGCAUCAGAAAAAUGAAGUGGACUACUUUCAAACACUAGAGAAUUUGAGUGCUCCUGCUCCUCACAACGAUCUGUCUGCUUCAAACAGUAUGCAGUUGGAGGUGCCCCCUGCUUCUUCAGCUCAAGAAGGCCGGCCAUCUUUUCUUCAACCGAGUGACAGUGGAAAGAGCCUAGAGAUUCCUAUGGCAUCAAGGGCUACAUCUGCGGCACAUGGUUCAGAGUUCAAUGAAGAUGACCGCCAGUCCUCUGGUGGUGCUUUUGCAUCUGGAUGCUCUGAUUUUGGGUCUGACAUGACUGAUCAUAGUUUCAAGAAUUCACAACCUGGUGCCGGGCGGACCUUCCAGUCUGAACGGAUCCCUCGGGAGCAUGCUGAAUCCCUGAACCGGUUGUCAAAAUCUGAUGAUUCAGGCUCUCAGUUUCUAAAACUCCAGUCCCAGUCUAUCACAGAGGCUGCUGAUUCUGUUGAAGGAGCUGAAAAAACAAAUUCAGGGGCUCCAUCAUUGAACUUGAAUGACCCGCCUAGUGAUGAUUCCCUAGUACAGUUCGAGAAAAACUUUUCUAAAGCUGUACCACAGCCGAGUCAAUUUGGUAUAAUCAUUCCUUCAGAAGAAUCAGAUGCUAAAAUGACAUCUGCAAAUCCUGUGGUUGAACAGCAACAGGUCAGUGAAAAGACUCCGGCGAAAGGCAAUCUGAAAGCGAGUACCACCAAUAGGAAGCAGCCUGGAAGUGAUGCUGCUAUGGCACGCCGUGUUAGUUGGGAGGCUCCCAGGGCUGUGCUCCCGAAUGAUGGUAAGCAUGAUCCAGCUGUGCCAUCGCCAACCAGCACUACUAGAGCUGUUCCAGAUGGUGAAUCUGCUGCUGCUAACACGGAGAACAGAGAUAUUUUUGUUGAUAUCAAUGACCGUUUCCCCCCUGAUGUUCUUUCUGAUUUCUUUGCAAAGGCUAAAGAUGCGCAGUCUUCAACUCCUUUUACCGAUCCUAUCCUUAGCUUGAACAUGCCAAACUAUGAGCCUAAGAACUGGUCAUUCUUCAGAAAUCUUGCAAAAGAUGAGUUUCCAAGCAGGAACAAUGACCAAGGCCUGGCAAAGAUUGACGAAGGGGUUUAUACACUCGCAGGAGCAAGUAAUGAUUCAAUCAACAUGAAGGGUUUGAAUCCAAAUUCUGAUUUUGAAGCUGAGAAGAAGCCAGAGCCUGUGAUCACGGUUGCUGAUAUCAGCAGCAUGGUUCCAGCUUACACCCCGUCAUAUAUUGACCAUCGCCCAGUGAUGGAGAGGAGUGCUGAAGUAUUUCAAGUUGACAAUCCAUAUGCACCUAUGGGGGAUGAUACGAGUCCACCUGUUCCAGAGUUUGAGGAUCCAAAGUUUGAAGAGGAUAGAACUGUCGGACAGGUCAUGGAUGCUACUCUUCGAGAUUCGGAUUUUGAACACUUGCAGAUUAUCAAGAAUGAAGAUCUGGAGGAGCUCAGGGAGCUAGGUUCUGGCACUUUUGGAACUGUGUACCAUGGGAAAUGGAGAGGAACUGAUGUGGCCAUUAAGCGCAUCAAGAAAAGUUGUUUCACAGGCCGAUCUUCUGAGCAAGAAAGACUAGCACAAGAAUUCUGGCGAGAAGCUGAGAUUCUGUCAAGGCUCCAUCACCCAAAUGUGGUAGCAUUCUACGGCGUGGUGAAGGAUGGGCCAGGCGGCACCCUGGCAACUCUGACCGAGUUCAUGGUGAACGGUUCUCUUCGGCACGUCCUUCAGCGGAAGGACAAGUGUCCCGAUCUUCGGAAGCGGCUCAUCAUUGCGAUGGACGCGGCGUUUGGGAUGGAGUAUCUGCACUCGAAGAACAUUGUGCAUUUCGACCUCAAGUGUGAUAACCUGCUGGUUAACCUGAGGGAUCAUUCACGCCCCAUCUGUAAAGUUGGCGAUUUCGGGUUAUCCAAGAUCAAGAGGAACACGUUGGUGUCGGGUGGUGUGAGGGGCACGCUGCCGUGGAUGGCCCCAGAGCUGCUCAACGGUAGCAGCAGCAAGGUGUCGGAGAAGGUGGAUGUGUUCUCGUUCGGCAUCGUCAUGUGGGAGAUCCUGACCGGGGAGGAGCCCUACGCCAACAUGCACUACGGCGCAAUCAUAGGUGGAAUCGUGAACAACACACUGAGGCCGCCGGUGCCUGCAAACUGCGACCCGGAGUGGAGGCGGCUGAUGGAGCAGUGCUGGUCGCCGGACCCCGGGCAGCGCCCAGCCUUCACGGAGAUUGCCGGACGGCUGAGGUCCAUGUCGGCGGUGGCCAACCAGGCUGCCAAGGCAGCCGCGGCCGCUGCCAAGUAGGACGGACGACGAAGGCUCUGAUGAUCUCUUUGGGCUGCGCUGCGGCGGCUGUGUUGGGUGACGGCGGUGUAUUUAUUAUUCUUACUUAUAGAAUGUAAAAAUAUUUGUCAAGUGCGUUCAAUAUAUGUGUAAGAUAUAUACUCGCUAAUUAUAAGAAAAAUUAUACAUGCCCAAGCAUUUGUCCAUUUGAUGAUUGGGUUCCAUCA